GGGAAAUGUUUCAGAAGAUCUUCCUAAUGCUCAAACUGGACAAUAGCAGACAUAAGGAUGACUGACAUCAGCAGAAGAAAUCUUGAGAUUGGCCUGACACAGAAAGGAUGCUGCUCCACUGUGUGACCUUAGCUGUUUAUCUUCUCCUGACCUCAUCAAGUGCCCAGAGAACUGUCCAGUCCUGUGUGUUUUCAGAGCUCCAGCCAUCUGGGUUGCGAGUCAACUGCAGCUCUUUAAACCUCAUGGAGUUGCCGCAUCUGCCUUCAGAGACCACAGAACUGUUUGUGCAAGACAACCAGCUCACUUCAGUGCCACCAGGAAAGUUUGACCAGUUGGCUAACCUUAGAAAGGUGUCGCUGUCUCCGAACCCGUUCCGCUGUGACUGUAACAUCCGGUACCUGAGGUAUUGGAUGCUGAAGAACAGGGCUGUUGUCUCAGAGGAGCCUUUAUGUUCCAGUCCAGGCUCUGUAGCUCAGAAAGCCAUCACUGACCUAAGUGAUACCUACUUCUCCUACUGCACCUUUCCACUCAUACAUCAAAUAAGCACCUCAGGCUGUGUUUAUGUCUUUUACAACGCCAUUGCGUCGGUGAUGCUGUGCUGCAUUAUUGUUCUGCUUUUGUGGAGCUUAAUACUUGCCAGAAAAUCUACUUUCACCAUAUACGUGGAAAAGCGACAUUCAGGAUUUGAGGCGGACUCUCUGCGCUCACUGAAACCCAAACACAGGAGGAGGCUGCACACAGAACUGUCAGGGCUGAUCGCCGACUCUGAUUCUGUCAUUUUGUCAGAGGACUUGGAGAGGCCACGUUUCAACAUGGAGUUACUCUCACAAGUGCUAGAAACAUUACAGAAGAAGCACAAUAUAAAGAUAAAGGCCACAUAACAGACUUUUGUUCAUACUUUAGCAGAACUACAAAUAAGUAAGAAGUGGGAAGUGAGGCUGCGAGUGUUUGCAAAGACGCUGGAUGGGUUUGAUGAUUUAUUUCCAUUCUAAACUGCACCAACCAAUUUAUCAGAAACUUCACCUCUAUGAGUUUUAUUUAAUUUGUUUUUAUAUUUUAUGAUCCAAACUAAUUAUGCUUAAAUAAAUGUGAAAAUUUGCUUUUGAACUUUUCUUUAGUUUCUUAACAAUCAAUUGCAAUUCGCCUUCUGCUAUCAAUACUGAACUAUUUACCUUCCAUAAACAUCUUAAGGUAGAGAUACUUACUACUAUUUUUCACAAUUUAUUAUGAUCACGUUUUCCUUUCCCCUUACAUUUGUGUAGAACAUGAUUAUUAACUGCCUUGUCCACGUAGUCUCCUCCAGCAUUACCUAAAACCUCUUUACUUCUUUAAAUAACAUUCUCUUUGUUGUGUCUAUCAAUCUAUGUGGGAAACCAUAUCCAGGUAGGUCUCAAAUAUCACCUAUUUCCAGAUAGAUUCAAUAAUGUUCCAAUCAAUUCAAAGCUUGGUAUAAUGUCUGUAAUGUUCCUUGAGCUCCAUGAUGCUCAGGGAACAUUUAGCGUCAUGAUGCCGUUUGUUUGUAUGUUCUCUAACAAACCUCUGAGACCUUCACUAUGUAGAUGCAAUUAUUCUGAUGAUUAUACUGAAUUGCACAGAAAUGGAGACACUUUACUAUUUGGGUAACUUCUGAAGCUCCUAAAGAAGAUAGAUUUUUUUUAGGAGUUUAAGAGUAAAAAUGUUAAAUACUUUGUUACACUUAGAGCUUCAUUUAUAUAAAAAUAAAUCUGUUUUUUUCCCUUUCCACAUCAAAAAUGUUAGUUUUGUAAGGCAAAAGAGAAGGUCAGUAUAGCUUACUAGCCUGUGCCUGGACAUAGCUUGUUUUCUUCAUUGGAUGGACUGAUUUGGCUGAGCUUGUAAGCUACGUUGACUGGUAAACAUUAACGUAAAUCAAUGGAGCACCAAGUGAGGGAGUUCUAAUCAACAGUACAGUACACACUACAGUACACUACAGUACAGACAAUUCAAAGGAAACACCAACCAUUGUUUCUUGGGUUUUGCAGCUGUUGUUUCAUUUCUGUGUGUACACGGGCUUAAGCUGGAUUUAAACCAAAGUCAGUCAAAUAAUUAUGUUGGUUUCUCACGCUACUGCCUCGAAGGUCAAAGCUUGCAAAAUCUGUUCCUCUUAGUGGUCAGUAUUUAUUACAUAACACAGAAUGAGCUGAAACUAAAGAUUUUAAAAUGACAAAAAAAAAACAAAAAAAAUUUAAGUACAGACAUUAACAUGUCAAAGAACUGUAAUUCUUUCAUGCAUGUUUUAGAUAUUUUCUGACAUGUUUAAAAGAAUGGCCGCUUCUUAAAGAGACAGAGGCCCAAUUUCAAGACAUCAAAUUGUGAAGUCAAUAUUUUUAAGUUAUGUUUGAUAUAUACAGCUUUUUUAUAACAACUCAAGUUGGCAUAGUUACCGUACUUGAUUGUGCUAUAAAAUUGCUCUAAACAAUUGCCUAAAUGUUGCAUAUCGAUUGAACAGCCACUGUUUCCCUUCUAUUGUAUGCACAAGUCAAAUACAUUUAACCUAAUUUUAGUACCAUAGUACAUAGCUGAUAUUUAGAAAAAAUGUCACUUCAUUAUUACUUUUGACAAAAGAAAUUGUCAAAUCCAUCCAUCCAUUGUCUAUACUUGCUUACUGUGGUAGAGUUGGGCAGGGUAGUGGCGAGCUGGUGUCUGUCAAUGGGCAAGAGAUGGUACACACUCUGGCUAGGGUCAUGGUCACUCACAGACACUGAGUGCAUGCAUGGUUGUUUGAACUCUGACUUAAGGACAAUUUACAGAAACUAACAGUAAUGUACCUGGAGAGAACCCAUGCAUGGGGAAAACAAGCAAACUCCUUGCAGAAUACCCCCACCUAGGACUCUAUCAUGGGUCCUUAUUGCUGCAAGACAUGCUAACUAUUUCACCACUAUUUAGUGGUGAAAUAGUAUAUAAUACAUAAUCAAAAGAACAU